GCCCCCGAAGACGGAGACGUCAAGCUCCUUCAAAGCUGACAUGGAGGCUUUGGAUUCGGAGGUGGACACGCUGUAUGAAGACACCGUCUACAUGGUUCAGCACUGGAUAGGCGAGCGCGAGAACGAAGAUGAGAAUAACAUCUCAAGGAACCAGCUUCUGAUCUAUGUGCAGCAGGUCUUCAAUAAAAGUGUGGACGAGCACCUCGCAGCUGUGAACAAAGUCAAGAAUCGUGCGCCUCCAUCCUACACGCUGUUUGUGGAGGUGAUCGAGGCCAGAAACCUUGCAGCAAAGGAUGUCAAUGGUUUCAGUGACCCCUACUGCAUCUUUGGAAUGAUCCAGGGGUCAGGAAACAGAGAGGUGACGCCGAACGCGUGGGAUGCUGCCGACAAGAAGAAGAAGAGGCACAGCGACGCCAAACCGUUGGCAGAGGAGAACAAGUGCUCGUUCAGCAAGUCCACGUGCAUGACCAAGAUCAAAACAAAGACGCUCAACCCCGUCUGGAACGAGAGCUUCAGCUUAGAUGUGACGGACAUAAAAAAUGGAGUAUUUCAUCUGGACAUUUGGGACUAUGACGAGGACUUGACUGUUGUGGACGCCGUCAAGACACUGCACGAAGUGCACACGAUUAAAGGCGUCCACAGGUAUUUGAAGCAGGUGGUCAAGUCGGUGAAGAGCCACUCAGCCAAGGAGGAGGAGGACGACGGCGCGGCGGACGAUUUCCUGGGCUGCGUUGACAUCUCCCUGAAGGAACUGUCGUUGGCUGGAAGGGAGGAGUGGUUCCAUUUGCAGAAGCAGCCGAGCUUCAGUAACGUGUCCGGCGACUGCCACCUCUCGCUCCACAUUUCUGCUAAAGAGGCGUCCAGUGCGGGCGGGUCGGCGAGUUACAACAGCAAUGCUCCGCCAAAGCAGAGGCACCCUCUGAAGAUACAGCUGGUGCUCCUCACUGUGUUGCUGCGACAUGAACUCAAGGUCAUGAGGGAGGUUCAAGAUUGGAGUGGCGAGCUGAGCACGGGGGCCACACGGAUAUUGGCGCUGAACAGCAUGCAAACGGGCUUGACGUCGUCUCAGAAAGCCAUGGCACGCUGGAUCGUGUACAGCACGGAGCUGUGCAGCAGAGGCGUCCACUAUGAGAUGCUGCAGCCGUGCCUUGAGGAGAUGCAGCGGACCUGGAAACGGUUGGAUGCGCAGAGCCCAGAGGCCCAGCUGCUGUGCGCGAGCUUCACUGCCUACGUCGAUGGCCUUCUCAGCAAGCUCCGUCAGAUUCCCGCCCUCCCUGCCGGGUCGGAGGACGCCACCGCCAAGCUGCAAGCCAUGCUCUGUGUGUUGGCGCAGCUCUAUAAGACUGAAGCCUUUCAGCAGCUGUGCGCUUAUCACGGUGACCUGGAGGGACUGAUUACCACUGCCAUUCAGGAAGGCACUGGAAGCUGGUACAAAUCCUUGGCGCAACCAGACAAAGAUGCCCAGGAGAACGCGUCUGAGGAUGCGGCGGCGGUGGCGAUGCGAGGCGAGCGAGAGCGGCUCACACAGCUGAGUGCCAUCGUCGAGAAGGUCACCGCCGAGCUGGGCCUCAAGAAACGCUGCUACCAAGAGCUCUUCCUGCGAUCUGUGAAUGUGGACUAUUUCAACAUCGUUUACUGCCUCCUGGAGACAUUGGUGGCUGACACUGUCCAGCGCGUCGCAGAAGACAUGUCCCAGCUGCUCAAGGACGCCGAGGAUGGGCACUCUGAUUGCGAGGUCGGAGAAAUGCUCUUCGUGGUCUACGUCCACCUCAAAGAGCUGCACGGUCUCCAUCAGCACGUCACAGACAGGGCUACGGAGACGCUGGCCUUGUUCGGCUUCCACAAGUGGUUCCAGCCGGCCAUAAACAAGUGGUUCGUGGUCAUCCAGCAGAAGAUUCACGAUCGCAUCCGGAAGGCUGUCAGCAUAGACUCGCUGGAGGCGAUGGACAGCCUGGUCUUUCACAGCACCUCCGCCGUGGACACGGCCACCUGCCUCUCCCAGCUCGAGAAGUUCUGGCACAAUCUGGCGUGGCCCGAGCCGCUGGAAGCCUUCGUCCUCGCCACCAAACUCACCCAGGACAUCUGUGACGCCAGCGUCGCUUAUGCCACACUCAUCCAUCAGAAGCUGGAGCAGUGUCCAGCCGAGCCUGCUGGCAGAGAGAGCAAAGUGUCGACGCAGCUGUGCGCCGUGGUGGGCGACCUGGACUUCGUGCGGGAGAAGCUCCUGCUGUUCCCCGAGCAGCUGGGCUGGGAGGAGUUCGGGGCGGCGAUCGGAGACCACGGCAAGCAGGUGCAGACGGCGCUGUACGGGCAGCUUCACGGAGCCCAGGACGACCUCGCCUGCCAAGCCAACGACAUCCUUACCAGCGUGCCCACGCGGAUGCUUUUGGAUCUUAAGCAGCGAGUGGCAUCCCUCGUGAAUGCACCAGACUACAUUCAACCCCCAGAGGCUCUGUCACCGCUGAUUGAGUAUCUUGAAGCAAGCCUCUUCACGUUCAACCAAAGACUCUCGAACGAGCGGUGCAUCAGGAUAAUGCAGACAGUGUGGACUGCUCUUCUAGACAUUUUCACGGACGCCGUUCGGAGUCGCCAGUCCCACUGCGUGUCGUUUGACGUCCGUUUCCAUUACUCGCUGCUGGCGCUGCGCGAGACGUUCCACGCAGAUGGGGAAGGACUGCUGCCGGCGGUGCUGGAGAGCGACGCGUUUCAGGUGCUGGAAAAGAAACUCCGUCUCAAGACGUUGUCCACGGUGGAGCUCAUCGAGGAGUUCUACCUGGAGAGGAUAAAAGAGCAGGAGCUGUGUCACCAAAGCGGCCUGGGGGAGUUGAGGGUGCGCUGCUGGCACGCGGAGAGCAGGCUGCACGUGGAGGUGCUCAACGGAAUGGGGCUGCCGGCGAUGGACUCCAACGGCCUGAGCGACCCCUUCGUGACGUUGGAUCUCUGCCCGCAUCACCACUUCCCGCUCGCCAAAAGCGCGCGCACACAAACCCAAAGCAACACUCUGAACCCCAUCUUCGGCGAGACGUUUGAAUUCCCCGUCAGCGAGGAGCAGUGCCGGAGCCGCUCGGCCUGCGUCCUGAUGACGGUCAUGGACUUCGACCUCUUCACGGCCAACGACUACAUCGGGCAGACGGUGCUCCGCCUCGACGAUGUGGCCUGCGUGGACACGCGGGCGGCCCCGCCGGAACUGCCCCAGCGCAGCCUGCCUCUCAUGGACAAAAGUCUGCAUGCAGAUAUCGAUAUACUCCAGAUUUUGGAAGAAAGAAGCGAUGAAAAAGAUGUGCAAGAACUUCUUAAGAAGUGGAAAUAGCCACAGCACAUUCGCACUAAGCAAUUGCAGAAUGUGAAAAUGUAUACAGUGUAUGGGAAUGAAAAUGCCGCAUUUCACAGUUGUCAAUUUUACAACGACAAAAUAAAUUGCCAAGAUGUGUAUCCAAAUAUGCGUUGGGGAAAAGUCUACUCCUUGAAAGCAAAGCGUGGAGACGGCAAAUUGGGGGUGGGAGAGCUCCCUCCUCCCUCCUGUGCUGCGUCGUUCCCUCCACUCAGCUUGGUCCACCUCCUGACUGGACAUCGCCCCAUGGAAACCUUCCCAGCCGAGUUGUCCUCCGACUAGGUAGGCAUGACCCAGUUUCUAAUCGUCAUCCAGCCCGUGGAGUUACCCAGUGUAGAGGUUUGGCAACGAAACUGCCGAAAAUAUAAAUAUUUUUUUCUUUCGAAUUUGGCAAAAAAAAUAAAACCCCUCAAUAUUUCAAGAGCCGCAAUGCACUGGCGAAGAAUACGAGACGGACAGCC